AAAAAACAGCGAAAGGAAUUGUACACGAGCACUGGGGGAUCGCGUGUGAAAAGCACCCGGCCGGUUGAUGAGUGGCUCAAGCAGCUGCUUGUCAGUGUAUAUGAACUAGAUCAUGCAACACUGAAGAGCUCAGCUGUGUUCACAGCUACCACACUUCAUUUCAGGGCAGUAGUAGACUAGUAGUAGCAGUACCGUACCUAUAGAGGGAGUUCUUCGACGUCGUCUCUGCCAUGUCGGAGUCCGAGGCGACGCUGGAGGACACGCCGACAUGGAUCGUGGCGUCCGUGUGCUCCGUCAUCGUCCUCAUCUCCUUCGUCUUCGAGCGCGCGCUCCAUCGCCUCGGCAAGGCACUGCAGCGCCGGAGGAAGACCCUGUACGAGGCGCUGCUGAAGCUCAAAGAAGAGCUGAUGCUGCUGGGGUUCGUCUCGCUGCUGCUCGUCGUCUUCCAGGAGCUGAUACAGAAGAUCUGCAUCGACGAGGGCCUCAUGGAGCACUGGCUGCCGUGCCGGGGCGCGAGCGCCACCACCACCUCGGCGUCGGAGGCGACGGUUCGUCACGGCGUCUCCUCCUCCGCAGUCGUCGUCGGUGGCGGGAGGAGGAUGCUCAAAGGCGGCGGGGCAGCUUUUGGGCACUGUUCAAGCAAGGGAAAAGUCCCGUUGCUAUCACUUCACGCCUUGGAGCAGGUACACAUUUUCAUCUUCGUCCUAGCCAUCAGUCAAGUCGUUCUCAGCGUCGCCACCGUCCUCCUGGGACUUCUACAGAUGCGGAUAUGGAUGCACUGGGAGAACACCAUUCAGGAAGAGGGCAGCUCUGCUCCCAAGAUGAUCGCCCGUGUGCAGAAAAUCAGGUUCGUCCAGGACUGGUGUAAGGGGUACGAGAAGGUCACUUGGGUCAUAAUAUGGCUGCGUUCCUUCUUCAAGCAGUUCUACGGAUCAGUAUCCAACGACGACUACAUUGCGAUGAGGCUUGGUUUCGUCAUGGAGCACUUUAGGGGGCACCCCAAGUUCAAUUUUUAUGACUACAUGAUCAAAGCUCUCGAGAAAGAUUUCAAGAGAGUAGUUAGUAUAAAAUGGUAUUACUGGAUUUUUGUGAUGAUCUUUUUGCUACUCAACAUCACCGGGUGGCAUUCCUACUUCUGGAUCUCAUUAGUUCCGUUGGCUCUGCUGCUUCUGAUUGGAACAAAGCUGGAGCACAUCAUAAACAAGCUGGCCUACGAGGUGGCCUCCAAGCACGCCGCUGGGCAAGGGGGUGAAGGGGGCAUCGUCGUGAGCCCUUCAGACGAGCUGUUCUGGUUUCACAGCCCACGGCUGGUGCUCGUCCUCAUCCACUUCAUCCUCUUUCAGAACGCCUUCGAGUUCGCGUAUUUCUUCUGGACACUGGCGAUGUUCGGCGUCAACUCCUGCAUUAUGGACAGUCUAGGAUACAGCGUAUCGCGAAUCAUCAUAUGCGUCGUCGUCCAGGUGCUCUGCAGCUACAGCACGCUCCCGCUCUACGCCAUUGUGUCCCAUAUGGGGAGUUCGUUCAAGAGCGCCGUGUUCGCGGACGACGUCGCCGAGCAUCUCAGAGGCUGGGCCGACGGCGCUCGGAGGCGCGUGCGAAGAUCAGCCACGGAUGUCGACGCCACCGCCAGUUGCCUGGGUACGCCGGCGGCGGGACGACGGGGCUGGGAAGGCGCUGCCGCCGGCUGGAGAUUGGUGGCCGGGAGGAGCCGCCCAACGCAGCAGCCUCGGAGCAUCUCCUUCUGAGUUCUGGCUUCUGACUGAGGAAGGAAUCCAAUCGAAGGGCGUCAGUCGUUUACCUCAAAAAAAAAAAAAAACAUGAAGUCCGUCUUCAUUUGGGUAUUGGGUUUGACAGCGAGCAAUGGUUACUACCACUACCAGCUGACUGAAAGAGUUAAAGAGGUUGCAUA